AUGAUCUUAUUGUUUACUGCAGUCCUUUUGGCAGGUGGAAAUGAGUAUGGACAGUGUAGUGAAGAACCUGAGCGGAAAGAUGACACUGGUAGACCUUUGAGAAGGGAUAUAGUGAUCCCUCAGCGCUGUGAAGGGUUCAAGACGAUUAGUAUGACUGAGAAGUUUAGUUGCAGAGCGAAAGAUUUGUUUGAGAUUUUGAUGGAUGAGAAUAGAUGGAAGAAUGGGAGUUUGAUUGUGCAGAAUUGGAGAUUUGGGAGUUGGCCUGAUGGCAUUGAUUCAACGGUGAGGCUUAUACUUGAAGAGCCUAAACCCGGGCUCACUUUAUAUGGGAAUGUGACUGUGGUGGAGAAUGCACAGAGAGGAUGGCGGGAUCUUAUUUUCCAGAGGAUACGGGCAGUUUUUGGUUUUGGAAUUUGA